GGCGGGCGCCGAGUCCGGCGGCGAGCGAGCGUGCAAACGCGCACCAGCAGCAGCAGCAGCAGCAGCAGCAGUACGCAUACCGACGCUGUCGCGCCGACGGACGCGCGCGCGUGCUAGAUCGCCUCCGACCUCUAAUUGGAUUCCGUCCGAGGCCUUAUAAAAUCGCGAAGCGAGCGAGAGGAGGAGGAGAAGAAGGAGGCGAGCGGCGACGACGGCUGCUACGACGAAGACGCGAGAUCGCGUGUGCGACGACGACGACGACGGCGACGGCGGAGACCAUCUCCUUUUCCCGUGCGCUGGCGAGAACUCGCGAGAUCGCCGACCUACGACACGCGCUGCCGCGAAAAGCGGGCGGUUUCGCAAGUGUUAACGCAUCCGCGCGAAGCAGAGGAACACGGGGGCGGACGGGGAGAAGGAGAGCGGAGAAACAGGAGGUGGAUCGAGAGGAAUGAUGAACAAGGAACAGGCUCACGAUGCCAAACAACAGAUCGCGACGAGUCCCGAGGACACGGAGGACAUGCCCGCGGGACAGCAGGGCCCGCAGGUGCCGCGGCGGCGGGGCGGAAUCUCAGCGGAGCCGGUCUCCGAGGAGGACGCCACCAGCUACGUCAAGAAGGUCGUACCUAAAGACUACAAAACCAUGGCUGCCCUAAGCAAGGCCAUCGCCAAGAACGUGCUGUUCGCGCACCUGGACGAGAACGAGCGCUCCGACAUCUUCGACGCGAUGUUCCCCGUGACCUUUCUGCCCGGCGAAGCGAUCAUUCGUCAAGGUGACGAGGGCGACAACUUCUACGUGAUCGAUCAAGGGGAAGUCGAGAUAUUCGUCAAUGGCGAGCUGGCGACGACGAUCGGCGAGGGUGGAAGCUUCGGCGAGCUCGCAUUAAUCUACGGAACUCCGCGCGCCGCCACGGUCAGAGCGAAGACCGACGUGAAGCUCUGGGGCAUCGACAGGGACUCCUACCGCAGAAUUCUCAUGGGCUCCACCAUAAGGAAAAGGAAAAUGUACGAGGAGUUCUUAUCCAGGGUGUCAAUAUUGGAAUCCUUGGAUAAAUGGGAGAGACUCACAGUAGCAGACGCUCUCGAGCCGGUAGCGUUCGACGACGGUGAAACGAUAGUCCGACAGGGCGAACCGGGCGAAGAUUUUUAUAUAAUCGUCGAGGGUACGGCGGUGGUCCUUCAGCAACGCUCGGAAGGGGACGAGCCCGCCGAGGUCGGCCGUCUAGGACCAUCGGAUUACUUCGGGGAAAUAGCGCUGCUGCUGGACAGGCCCCGAGCGGCGACCGUGGUGGCCAGGGGUCCGUUGAAGUGUGUGAAACUGGAUCGGGCGCGGUUCGAGCGGGUCUUAGGUCCGUGCGCCGACAUUCUGAAACGCAACAUCACCCAGUAUAACAGCUUCGUGUCCCUCUCCGUUUAAACGGACUCUAACUCUCCGCAUCCUCCCUCCUCUUCCUCCUCCAGAUCCGUCAUCGCAGUCAAUGAUCGCUGCCGAUCAUCCCCGACUUCAUUUCCACCGAGGGCUACGUUAUUUCGCCGUACCAUAGUUGAAUCUUUUUUUUAUUUGAUUAAUAUUUAUAUAUAAGUGAAUUAAUGUGUAUUACGUCAGCUAUCAAUCAGAUGUGUACACGCAUACACACACAAACAAAAUCACACACAGACGGUAUCGUUAGAGAGACGCUGUUAAUAUAUUUACCGUAAGGCUAUUUACGCACUGUGUAGCUCGCGACUCGAUGCCGACGCGCACGCGAAUUCAUAUUGACGUUGGAUCUCUCUUCCGCGCGAUCUGUUCCUACUUGUGCGAGAUUCUCACGUGCGCGGGAAAUUAUUAAUCCGUUAACGUCUCACAUUUUUCGAGAGGGGCUGAAAAUCUAUUUUUAAAAAAGAAAUUUACGAUUAAAUCUCUGGGGGGAAAAAAAUCCGCCAAGUCGGAUACUAGCGGUACAUGAACAGAGAGCGGGCUCUUACUGGCGAGACCAUGCCCCUUUUCGCUCGAGGACGCUAACGGGUUAGUCCGGUUAAUGGCACGUUGCGUACAUCUCGAGUGCAUUGUAGAGAUCUGAACGAAGCCGAUACGUGUGUCCCGACGUGGUUUCGAACUGCAUCCGGACACGAGGUCCACGUCGAGGACGCAGGCGCUUAUUAAGCUCGUGUUACUCGCGCGAAUCCGCGAACGUGAUCGAACCACGUUAAAUUAUUGGGAAGCCAUUUUCAAGGCUUCUAUUACAUCGGGAGCGUGAAAUUGCCGUACAAAUUGCCGCUCCUGUUCGAUGGAAUUGAUUGGUAAAAUGCACCAAGGUUUUUCUACGGUUCGUGUAUUCACGACGAUGAAUAAUUCAGUCUACAUACAUUUCAAACGGAAAUAAAACCUCACGACGUUGAAUCGAACUUCGCAACUUUUAACCCGCGAACCGAAGUCUUUAAUCAAUUUAGCAAGUCUGUUCUAUCGAAUAGAAGUAGCGGCAUGUAAAAUAACUCGUUCCUUUCGUUGCGAACGUAUAGUAAGUGUGCAAAACACACGUGUGAGUUUUCGCCUCUGAUGUAAAUUCCGAUGUAGCUACAGUGACGAGCCAGGAGUCGCAAAUAUCCAACAGUGAGAGGAUCGGCGUUGAAAGUGACGUUUUCUCGUUUACUGUUAUAUACUUUAAAUGUUCUAUGUUGUCUCAUGGAUUGUUAAAUUAUUUAACAUUUAAAUUAUUUUAUCUACCGAUCGCGGAUCGGUAUAUAUAUAGAUAUAUACAUAAUUAGCAACGACAACGUAAAUGUCGAUCGCGAUUUGCAAUUGCGGACGUCGAGAAGCCCGUCGACCGUGGUAUUUAAUUAUUAAGUGAAGUAUCGUCGAGGCGAAGUCGAGGCAGAACGAGUCGCAAUCUAUGUCUCCUCUAAAAAGUGCGCUAGAUUUAUAGUACGACAAGCGAGACAAAAAAUGAGGUACAACGUCAGAAAAUUAAAUAAUUUAUUAUGCACAA